CAAAGUUUGAAUCCCAGUCUCUGACUACCUAAGGUGGCUUCAGGCUUAGCUUUAGUGGACACCACACUGAUCGUAGCAGCAAUAUAGGGUGAUGCUCCCAACAUGUCAUCAGAAAGAUAAUGACUGGAUAACUAAAGAGGCCACAACUUGCUUAGUCGCUUGAAGUUGACAGGAAGGACAUCCAACUGGAUCUGGACACAUUUCUCAUUAAACAGGUACGUUUGGAAUAGUAGAACAGAUCUUUGCUGAUUUUAUUCAUAUUACCAUGGGCGAAUUGUGAAUUUCCUAGAAUGUAUCUGAUGACAUAUACGACCUCCAAAACGUGGUCAAACACCUGUGUAACAGAAAAUAGAAAAAUAAAUGCUUAGAAUGUAAAGCAAAAUUAUAAACCCAUUAGAACAUAAUGUUUUAGAAAUGAAGAUAUGUGACUUGAUGCAUCCCAUACCGACCCAAUGAAGGAAAAACGUGGAUAAACGUUAAAAGGAAAACAGAAACGUGGAUAAAUAAAAGUUAGGUUUUAUUUCUGUUACUUAAUUCUAGAGUGCUAUCCAUUUUUGUGUGUGUGUGCAAAUAUAGUAUAGUGCACUUAGUUACAAUCUACAGGGUAUAUUGGGGACAGACAUGUUUACAUGACUUUUUUUUUUUUUUUUUACAAACGAGGUUAUUACCUGUGCUUAUAUAUACUAGUAUGUUAAUAUUUUUAUUAGCUUCAAGUUUAAUUCGUACCAGAAAGCUAACAUCCCAAACUACAGAGUGAUGAUAGAUAUACACCCCUAAAAUAUGAGACUCACACAUCUCUCUCACGGACGGUGCUGUAACUUGCUGUAGCUAGAGAUUUUAGUUUCUACUAUUUAGAUAUUUUGGCAUAAAAUGCGCACUAUAGAUGCUUGAAAUGAUAGUGAGACUAAUUCUGCCAUAUGUCUUGUAAAAGAACAUGCUUACAACAGCUAUCUGUAGUUUUACAUGUAGUUUUACAUAUAAAGUCUCCACGUUCUCAAGGUACAAAUCCAUUAUGAGAGCAAGCUGUUGCAAAUACUAUAUUUUUUAAAUUGAUACGAUAUGUAUUAUAGAAAACAUUCAAUGCGUAUUCUGUUUAGAAAAUAUCUUGAUUAAAAAUUGUAAAAAAUUUUUAAAAAAAUGAGAUUAAUGAACUAUUGAUUCUAAUGUAGGAAAAUAUAUAAUUUAAUAAAAGACCAAAGUAUUGGUCUAAUUUGUAAAAGCAUUAAAGCGGCACUGUCACCAGCUCGAGACUUUGCAGAAUUCUCAACGAUUCCCGAUGGUGACAUCGUUGUGGUUGUCUGGUGGCCAGGAGGGGGGCAAGUAAAUGUGAGUUCUACGUACCUGAACCUGUCCCUCGCGGGCACAGCCUUCUUCCAACAAGGGUCCUCUUUAAAGGACCACUAUAGUGCCAGGAAAACAUACUCGUUUUCCUGGCACUAUAGUGCCCUGAGGGUGCCCCCACCCUCAGGGACCCCCUCCCGCCCGGCUCUGGAAGGGGGAAAGGGGUAAAAACUUACCUUUUUCCAGCGCUGGGCGCUCCUCCUCCGAUCCUCCUCCGUUACGCCCCGCCGGCUGAAUGCGCACGCGCGGCAAGAGCUGCGCGCCCAUUCAGCCGGUCUCAUAGGAAAGCAUUUACAAUUCUGAAGUGGUCUGGGUGCCUAGAGUGGUCCUUUAACUCCUGGCACGCCACUUCUGAGUUCACUGCUGUACUCUCGUACAUGCGCAAGAGUAUAGCAAUGAGGCCUACGAAGGAUCCUCCAUAGACAGAGCCAAUUCCCUGCAGCCUUCUCUGGUGAUUGAACCUACUAGAUGCUAUCUUUAAGAAAUACUCAUUUUUCAGAAAGGGUGAGUGACAGUAUCACUAUAAGUACACAUUAAAGGAACACUCAAAGGUUAACAAAUAAUUAUAUUUAUUUAUAAUGUUACAGUGUUUAUUUUAUAGUUUGGGUGCAGGGCUGCACUUUGUUAAAAUUAAAUAAAAAGCUUUUUAAAACUUACUUGUGAUUCAGCCAUUCUUCUUACAAUAAUACCAUCAGUAUUGAUCAUCACUGUGGACGUACAGUGCUGCAAUCUCUUCAUUCUGCCAAUCCAUUGCUUUUCACCGAGAAGCACUGAAUUCCGUGCUUCUCUCUGAGAAGCAUUGUUGGGCCUCAUCAUGGUAAGGGACGGUGUCAAUGCAUCAAAACCAUUACAUUAAGAUGCAGUAGUGUUGGUACUUAGCAUAAACUUUAAAUAAAAAUGGCAAGUACGGUUAUUCAUUAAACUUUGUAAGAAAUUACAACCAGGAUAGAAAAAGUAAAGCAAAAAUAGCUGAUCUAGUAAAAUUAUCUAACUUUGUUAUUGUAGUUCAAAUUUUGCCAUUCAUUCAGAAUUCAUUAUUCUCCAAUGCAGAGGUCAGGAUUGCAGAGGUAGAGGAAUAAAAAUGUAUGGGGAUAUAUGUAAGUGAAUUGCGUCUCAGUUAGUUAAGCUGCAGUACUGAUUCCAAAGAAUGAGCACCUGUUAACAUGCCCCAACAUGACCCCCCCCCCCCCCCACCGUUUCAAUGACAGCAGCAGAAAAAAAAAGUUUAAAAACUUCACACAUGAGAAUGUCACAAGUUACAUAUAGCGCACUGAGUACAGCGUUCACUGAGCUCUUCUUGGCAAUAUAUGUGUAUGGGCAAGGAAAACCGGGCAAGAGCGAUGUUUCCUGGGAGCAGUUGGAAAACAGAGAAACAAAGACAGAUGACAGGGUAAAAGAGUUGACAAGAAACCAGAGAGGGAAACCGAAAUGUACAAAAAGGGAAGAAAGAGUUAAAAAAAACAAAAAAAAGAAAAAUAGGAUAGAGCAAUAAAAAAGACACAAAGCAGGUAGAAAAACGCAGGAGAGAAAAGGAGUAAUGGAUAUAGGCGAUACGGUGAACAAAAAAAAGGGAUAAAAAGAAGAGAAUAGAGAAAAGAUGUGGAGAUCAUAAAAGCUAACUAGAACAUGGAAGAGGCAAAAGUGAACAAGAGAGAUAUGAGAUUAUAAAAGCAAUGUGGAACAUAAAGGGGUAACAGAUAAGCAGAAUGAAUUGGUAAAAAAUGGGGAAAGAAGGAACGGAAUAGUUCAAGUGAGAUAGAUAGGAAGGAGGUUGGGGUAGUUGGAGUUUGUUUUUGGGGGGCGGUUGAAAAUAUUACAUUUUGGAUAUUGCCCCUGUUAGGAAAAAAUUCAUCUGAUUGGAACAUUAAUACAUAUAUUUAUAUUUUACAUUCAGAAUAACCAGAUUAGUUUAGCCAGUUGUGUAUGUGCGAUCACAUGAUUAUUUUCACACAACGUUUCCAAUUAAUCAAAAUAUUUCAUGGGUGGGAUAAAAUAUUCCAAUAUAAAUAUUGAUAUAGCAUUCCCUGCCCUGAAUAAUUUAUCAGGAGUAGGAAGCCAGUAAGAAAACAUUACACAGGGUGAUACAUUGCACUGUUACACUGCAAGAAUUCGUCAAAUGAAUUUUUAAAAACAUUUUUUAGAUCCAGUGCAAAGAAGAAUAGAUAGUAUAAAUAAAUAAAUAAAGGGAUAAUUAUCAAGAUAUGAGCGACAUAAGGAAAGGAAAACUAAAAGAAAAAAAUGACAGUACUAAUAAUUGUAAACAAUCUAUUCUUAAAAAAUAAUGCCCCAAAAUGGAAUAUCCCACUCAUAUAGUGACAUCACUGCUAUAGCGGGGGUAAACAACCUGUGGCACUACAAAGGUUAUGGACAACAUCUCUCCUGAUGCAUUGCCAGCAUAGACAGCAUGUCUGCGAGAGCAUUAUGGGAGAUGUAUCCACAGCAUCUGAAGUGCUGACGCAUCCCCUUCCUCUGUCAUGGUGACUGUCCUACUGACAACUACAAGUAGGUGUGGAAAUUGCAUUAUUUACAGCAAGGCUGCAGGGGGAAGCGAGUUUGGUGUUUGUUCUUGACUUUUAGGAAAUAUAGGUUACCCUAUACUGCAAGGAAAUAUUGGUUACCCUAUCCAAGUUGGGAUAUAAAAAUAGAUGCUCAGUUUCACACACACUGGAUGCAAGAACGUAUUUUGGCCUAAGGUGACUAGGCUUAGGCUAUGGGUGGCAGGAUGGAGGGGGUGUCAAGAUUUAUACAGUUAGCAGGUGCAGAGUAAUACACUGGCACCAACUGAAUGUUACUAUGCUGGCCACUAAGGGAUAAGCAGCAAGGAGUCUGUGCUAAACGGUGCAUAACUGUCUGGCAAACCCACCACUAGUCACCAUCGACAAAAUGCAAGCCCAUUCUCAUCAACCACAGGUAAAGGGCAAGCCGCAGGUUAGGACAGGGAUGUUUUAUUAUUGUUUGAGUAUGUGGUUACCUAUUUGUAAGUGCGUCUAUAUAUGUAUGUAUGUGACACCAUAUGUGAUGUUGUGUCUAUAUGUAUGUGCAUGUGUUUGUGAUUAAGUGUCUAUGUAGGUAACUUUGUGUAAUUGUGUAUUUAUGUAUAAAUGUGAUUGUGUGUGACUGUGUCUAUCUGAAUAUGUGACUGUGUUUAAGUAUGUGUAUGUAAUGUGUGUGUAAUUGUGUGUCUAUGUAUGAAUGUGAUUUUACAUGAAGUGAAGGCACAUAUUUACUGGAAUAGGGCAGCCAAAACUAUGAAUACAACACUGACUGGAUGGCUUAUAAUAUUUAUAUCCCGGCAGCAUGUAUAAAUCAUAGAUAGUUUGGGUGUACUAAAGGUGAUACAUUUGGUAGAUAGUAGAGGUGUACUAAAGGUGAUACAUUUGAUAGAUAGUAGGAGUGUACUAAAGGUGAUACAUUUGAUAGAUAGUAGGGGUGUACUAAAGGUGAUACAUUUGAUGUUCUACGUUCAGGCAGCAUUGGUUUUCACUUUUACUUUUUCUUUCAAUUAAAGGAUCACUAUAGGGUCAGGAACACAAACAUGUAUUCCUGACCCUAUAGUGUUAAAACCACAAUCUAGCCCCCCCUGGGCCCCUCAUGUCCAUGUCCUGGGCCCCUCAUGUCCAUAAAUAUAGCAAAAUCUUACUGUAUUCAAGCCUGAAGCUGUAACUCUGCAUGCUGUUUGCCUCAGAAAAACAAGCAGUCUGCUGACAUCAUCAGAAGUAGUAGCAUGAUCCAAUCACAAUGCUUCCCCAUAGGAUUGGCUGAGACUGACAACGAGGCAGAUCAGGGGCAGAGCCAGCAUGAUUUAAACACAACCCUGGCCAAUCAGCAUCUCCUCAUAGAGAUGAAUUGAAUCAAUGAAUCUCCAUGAGGAAAGUUCAGUGUCUGCAUGCAGAGGGAGGAGAUACUGAAUGUUUGGAUGCAUUUUAGGCAGCCAUGACCCAGGAAGGAUCUCUAACAGCUAUCUGAGGAGUGGCCAGUGAAGUUAUCUCUAGGCUGUAUGGUAAACACUGCAUUUUCUUUGAAAAGACAGUGUUUACAGCAAAAAGCCUGAAGGUAAUGAUUCUACUGACCAGAACAAAUGCAAUAAGCUGUAGUUGUUCUGGUGACUAUAGUGUCCCUUUAAAUCUUAUUCAUGUAAUGCAAUGAGCAGGCAGAAGAACACAUUAUAAACACACAGAAAGCCACCAUUGGAACAUCAAAGCACACCUGUGUCUUCAUCUGUGUGUCUUGUAACCCCCCUUUUGAUUUUCUUACCCUCUUUAGUGUAUUUUAUCCCCCUUUAAUAUGUCUUACACCCUCUUGUGUGUCUCUUAUAGAAUCACUGGAGUUCUGGUACACUUUGUCAAUAGUUUGUAGUAGAGAUAGACCAAUUAUUGGUUUUGCCGAUGUUUAGAGACAAUAUUCAGCAUAUUUCUAAUUGCAGUUAACCGAUAUUUCUGUCAACUUACUCACCUCUCCCUUGUACCGCAUUUCAUCUUCCGCAUGCAGAAACUCCAACAACCAGCUAUUGAGGCGCCAUGUUCCGACUCCAUGUCCCUCCCUGCAUGUGGAGCUCAGCUGAAGGCAUGGAGGUGAGACAGUUAAUAUCAGUAACAGCACUGUUCAUGCUGGGAACUCACUGAUCCCAGCAUGUACUGGCUGCCUGAGAUUGAUAGGUAUGUGAUUGCUGCGAGCAUAUGCAGUUAAUGCCAGAUUAGUGUAGAAUUUGUGUUGCUUUUUUAAAUACCCUGAAAUGUACAGAAUAGGGGCCAAUGCAUCUUCCCAGCUGAACAAGUGGUGGUAGUGAGUCGUCAGAUUCCUCCAGCCCUUGAAGGUUCUAGUCCACUACUCUUAAAAGGUUUAUGUCAUAGUAGUAUCUUGUAAGGGAAGGUACCCUAAGGUAUCUUUCGAAAGGCACACGGACAGGGUAUCAAUCUUAAAGGGACAUUCCACUGCCCAAAUACAAAAUCGAUACAAUCGCAGUUUAGUAGAUAUACCCCAAAUGAAAACUUGCAUGCAUUUGAUUAUGCAUUUUUUAAGGAGGUGUAUCUCUAAACAGCUUGCAAAACCUGCAGUUCUCUUAUCUGCAGCAUUUUCAAACCCUCCCCUUAUAUUUCUACCCAGACUUUCUAUGGCCGUCCAAUCACAGACUUCCCAAUGCAGCUCUAUGAGAAGUCUUUGCAAGGCAGGUGCUCUGGGCAAUUGCUGCCUCUUGAGUUUAGCUACACUGAGCUAACCAAACCCUGAGUUAAAGUGCUUUAGGGAUCUGGAGUGUCCCUUUAAGUAUGACAGUUCCCCCAUUCCAUACAUAAGCAAGGGACAAAGUCCUCAGUGUUGUGAUUAAUGCCUUUGAGAUCAAAAAGAGUGUAGUUUAAAGGACAUUAAUUUUAAAGGAACACUCUGGUCACCGCUCACCAUAACAACUACAUCUAAGUUAAGUUGUUAUGGUGCCAGGAGGCCCUCAGGCAUACUCCUACAUUAACGGGUUAAACUGUUUUCAAACAGUUAAACCCCAAAGGUUGCCACCAGCACUGAUCUUAAGGUCAGCAUCCCACACAUCCAAUCUUGUAUUUCAGGGAGGUGGCUUCACCAGCUAUGGUGCCAUUUUACAUGAUGAGGGUGUCAGGGAGCCGCAUGCGAAAUGAGGGCGUCUCCUGGAAUGUUUGGCAUCCGAUCUGCGUUACAGGAAGAACGAAGUGGCCCAGGGCAUGGUUGCAGCUAAAUCAGUAGCUACCCAUUCAUAAAAAAGAUUGUCUGUAUUAAAGCCCUUUCCCCCGCUGAUGGUGCAUUCUGGAUUUGUGCAUUGUCCGGUAUUUUACGGGCACAAUGCAAAUCCAAGUAUUUUUCUCUGCCUUGAGAAUCUUCUGUAAUUCCUGCACCGGCCACUAAGAUGUGUAAUGUUCUUAGGCCGUGCUUGGAAGACUUGUUGGUGAUUGUGCUGUGUGUGGAGGGAGGCGGAGAUAGGAAGUCACUGCAUGUCCCUGCCCUCUCCACUGACAGAAUCCGCAUGGGAGGCGUGUGAACUACACAGAGCAAGUGCUGCAGCAGCUCCCAACCUGCAUCAUGAGUCUACAAUUUGAGGUAAACUAAGUGGGGGCACAGGGUAGGAGACAAGAGUGGCAUGGAGAGAAAGACACAGUUGGGGUGGCACAAAAUGAGAAACGUAUCUUUCUAUGCCAUAUAUAUAUAUAUAUAUAUAUGUAUAAACACAAGAUCCAGCGCACUGACUUAUCCACUAAACAGCAACUUCAAUGUUGACAGAUUUUAUUCAUUUUUUUUUUUUUUAGUUAUAUGAUCAUACAUUGCAGAAGCCUGCCACAAUGUCAAUGUACCCCAUCUUUGGCAGGUCCUACUCUAACAGCCCAAUGUCUGACCUAUGAGAUUAACCCAGUUGGGGAAAAAAAAAAUCCAUCUGGGGCUCUGCAGUACAAGACUAAAUAGACCCUGGGAUAAGGCACCUGUGACAGGGAGGGGUGUAAAACCAAGGAGUUGGCUGGGGGGGGGUGUAUAUUUAGAUUUUUAUAUGUGUAUAUAUAUAUAUAUAUAUAUAUAUAUAUAUAUAUACACACACAAAAUAGGGUGCACUCACAGGUCUUUUAUUUCGUUGUUUUUUUUUUUUUUAUAUAUAUUGAACACGGGUUUAGCACUCAGGCCUAGUGAUUUUCAUUUUGUUAGAGUGCCAAGCUUGUUUAUAUUUGAUAUAUAUUAUGAGAGAAAAAGAGCAAGCUAAGGUGUGGGUUUUUAUUUUUUAUUUUUAUUUUUUUAACUUAUCCGUUCUUUAUAGUGUAAUUUAAAAAAAUAAAAUAAAUCAAGCCAUAAAUAUCCAUACUUGGGACUAUAGCAGAACUUUGGCCUUAAGUUUGGUUUCUAAAUUGGUACACUGAAUACUUUAUGAUAGGGAAUAAACCACAGAGGUUUGUUCACUAAGCUGUGUAAUUUAGUGCAUUGAAAUAUUAAUUGCACAAAAUAGACAGCAAUAACUAAUUUGGUAGAAAAUUGAAGAUUAUACUAAUUUAGUGUACUAAUAUUCUUAAUUAGUAAUGACAUGAGGCGAGUAGCUUGCAUAAACUUUCUUUACUAACUCCAUAGCAGCAAAAAAAAGUUGAAAUAAAGAACCAAUCCGAACACAGUCAGUGUAUAUAAGUGAAAGCGUAUCCUGAGCACUUCCUCUUGUCAAAUGCGACAUCACAAGUCCAUAAUUAAAGUGGCACUGUCAUGCCGAACUUACCUUUCCUCAAUCUCUUCCUCUUCUCCCCCUCUCUCAGGAUCUGUUCUUCUUUUCUUCCUGUCUCCUUUAGUUUUCUUUAAAAUCAAAAGACAAAGUAGGGACUCUUUGCCUUAUGGAGGUUUCCUCCACUUGACCAGCGGAGGAGCAAAGUGUGCUUCAUUUCCGUUGGUCAGCGCAAUUUUCCCAUAAUUCUUACCUUUCCUCUGUGAUCUCGUGAUGCUUCCUGUCAUCUCAACUGCCGAAUUGCGUUCUAACUGAAUGAGAACAGUAUGUUCGUUUGUUUUAGAACUCAAUUCGGCACUUUGUUCGUAUCGGAAUUUCAUUCGAAUGAAUGAAACUCCGAUUCAAUUUGUGCCGCGGCUGCAUCUUGCAGCCGCUUAGUAGAUAACUCCCUAAUUCCCACGGUAUUAGGGAGUUAUCUUCCAAAAGGCUGAAAGACCUAAAUUGGUCUUUCAGCCACAUUUACUAAUACUAAGUAAAGAUUACUUAGUAUUAGUAAAUGAUCUGCCCCUACUCGCUAUACCGCGAGUAGGGGCAUGUCUAGUAAAUGGUGAGCAGCCAGUGGCUGCUCACUGUAAAAAAAAAAAAACAAACAAACAAACAAGAAACUAUUGGCCCCACCCCUGAGCGGUGGGUGGGGGCCAUAAUGGACAAUCGGGGGACCUACUGUCCUCCCCCCGGCCCCCACUCUUGAGCGGUGGGUGGGGGCCAUAAAGUUAAUGAGGGGGGAGGACCUACUGCCCCCCCUGGCCCCCACCCCUGCUUGGUGGGUGGUGGGUGGGGGCCAUAAAUUACAAUGGGGGGGACCUACUGUCCUCCUCCGGCACCCACCCUUAGGUGGUGGCGGGCCAUAAAGAUAAUGAGGGGGGGGACCUACUGUCCUUCCUUCCCCCCCCCGGGAAGGUGGGGGCCCUCAAAGGUGACUAGGGAUCCCCAAGCCCCUAGUUAACCCCCCCCAAAAAGUUACCCCCUACAUACCUUCCUCACCCUAAGAAAUAGUGAGGGGGGAAUAAAAUAACUAACCUGUAAAGAAAAAUUUUACUUACCAUUUGACAUCUUUUUUCUAAAAUCUUAAUUUUUCAGUCCCAAAAAAGGCCAAAUAAAAAACCAUCAUACCUGUUGAACGUAAAAUAAAAUAAAUAACCUGACGAAAAAGAAAAAACCUGAGCGCAAAAAAAAUAAUCCAUCUUCACCCAUGGAGGGCUCCGCGCAGACUGAGCUCUGCAGGGCGGGGCAAGGCUUAUAAAGGCUAAGAACACUCCGAUUGGUGGGUUUAAGGCAAUCAGAGUGCUCUUUGUCAUUUUACACAGCGUGGGGAAAUUCCAAAGAACUUUCCCACGCUGUGUAAAAUGACACAAAGCACUCUGAUUGGGUGGCUUGAAAUCCAUCCAAUCAGAGUGCUUUGUGUCAUUUUACACAGUGUGGGGAAGUUCUUUGGAAUUUUCCAACGCUGUGUAAAAUGGCAAAGAGCACUCUGGUUAGUUUCCAAGCCCACCAAUCAGAGUGUUAUGAGUCAAAUUACACAGCGUGGGAAAAUUCCAAAGAACUUUCCCACACUGUGUAAAAUGACACAAAGCACUCUUUGUUUAAACCAACCAAUCAGAGUGUUCUUAACCUAAUUGCAGGGCGGGGCAAGGCUUUAUAAGUCUUCUCCGUCCUGCAGUGCUCAGUCUGCGCGGAGCCCUCCAUGAAUGAAUAGAUGAAAUUCCCGUUUGCAUGUCCAAGUGUUUCACUGGGCAUGUGCGGGAAUCUCACAGCGCUAUCUAGUGUGGGCAGAUGACGUGUCCCACAGGGACUUCCUCUACCCACACAAAGAUGGCGGCGCCCUGAAUAUAGAUCAGGGCAGAAAAUAAAGAAUACAAAUAGGUAAUAUGGGGGGCUUAGGGUCAUUUGGGGGUGUCUAAGGGGUCAAUUAGGUGUAGUGGAGUCGGGAGGGGAGUUAAAAAAAAAAAAUGGGAUUCGGCCAUGACACUGCCGCUUUAAACGGUUAACUUUGUACGAAAUCCAACUUUAAACUUGAAAACGGUAAGGGAAACUAAUUCCUCCUAUUGGCAUUGACGACUUGUUAAGCUGGAAGAAAAGUCCUAUGACUCUGUAACUUACCUUAUACCAGGGUUGGGAAGAACCACAAAAAGUGGGGGGAAAUACUCGCCUUCUGUCAUUACUAAAAUUAAGAUUAUUAGUACACUAUGUUAGUAUAAUCUUCAAUUUUACAACAUGACAGGAGGCUUCAUAUUUUGCAAUUUUAACGCUUGGAAGAAGAGAAAACGCGGAGUUAGACGAUGGACGGAAAUAGAAUGUCCGAAACGUAGAUUCGCGAGACCAGUCCGCCACUUGUAAGAUAUCCGAAAUUGACGCACCUGUCAUAAAUGCAGACUAUGCUGCUACUCCGCGAACGGAGUGGGCACCGAAAGACGUGUCUAUCCCGGCCAGAGUGAGGAGCCACCUAAUCCAUCUGGACAUAGUGAUGAGUGAAACCGGACCGUGAGGGCUAACAUAUGACACCAGUAGUUGUCGGGAUGCUGUUGGGUGCAACGUCUCCGUCGCCUUCACAUAUGCCCGCAAAACUGUAACCAUACAUAGUUGAGGAUCCGAGGCAAAGAACGGGUAGAAGACGGACGACGAAUCAUAUUUAGUUUGUCGUGAAAUACGGAAUGUGACCCCCCUCCGGACCGAUUGUAAAGGCCAUAUCCAUAUCGAAUGCACGCACGUCCGAGACUCGUCGGAAUGAGAUGAGGCACAGUAGGAAGGUAAAUUUGUCCAUCAGUUGUUGUAAGGAUAGAAGUUCGUUAGGUGGCCACCCUCUCAAGAACCGAAGCACCACGUCCACAUCCCAUGGACGUUGGUAUUUGGGAGCUGGAGGACAUCUGAGUUUGAUACCUCGUAGUAGUCGACAGAUCAGGGGGUCUUAACCAACCGCCCUCCCUUGGGUCAGUACAUGGGUUGCCGAUAUAGCGGACCUGAUGACAUUGAUGGUGUGGUAUGACUUGCCUUCCCCGAAGAGUGAAGAGAGAAAAUUCAUGAUUGCAGAAAUAGGAGCUGUAAAGGGAUCAGGGUCCCGUCCCACACACCAACUGGUCCAAGAUCGCCAGGCAAAUAGGUAACUUUUCCGUGUUCCUGGGGCCCAGGAAUCCCACAGGUCUUUAGUUGCUGACAAUAAGUUGUUGGUACACCAUGCACCCCUGAAAGAGUACAGGCAUCUGUCCAGAAGCAUAGGAUGUGGGUUCCCCACUGGGUCCCGGAGUUGCGUUGGGUCGUCUGGCAGGAGAAUUGGAUCCUCGCAAGACAUGUCGAGGAGGUCUGGGAACCAGGGUUGGCUCGGCCAUGGUGGUGUCAGAAGGAUGAUCGUCACUUCUCGUCUCCGUAUGUGGUGGAAUACUCACGCAAUCAUUGCGAAUGGGGGAAAGGCCUAAGCCCCUUGUUUUGGACAGUGUUGGAUGAAGGCGUUCAGCGCCGUGCAUUCUGGGUUUGGGAGCCAGCUGUAAAACACUGGUAGUUGAUGGUUGUUGCUCGAGGCAAACCGGUCCAGUAUUAGUGGACCUCUCCGAUCGUUCAGACAUGCAAAUAUCUGAGGGUUUAAUUGCAGUCACUGGCGUCUCUCCAGUGUUGGAAGUACCCAAUCAACUGUAAGGUUCGACUCUCCUGGUAGGUGUUCGGCCCUGAUCGUGAUGUUGCGUGGGAGGCAAUAAUUGAAAAUUCCCUUUAACUCUACCAGUGUCUGGGACCGAGUCAGAUGACUGAUGUAGAGACGUUGUCCAUCCGAGGUCCGUCUGAGGAAGCGUGUCUUCAGCCAUUGCAUGGCACGGUAGUGCAGAGGGCCUGGAAAUAUUGCUUUUGAUUAAGGAAGACAGCAGGCCAACGAUCCGAGCAAUUGUCAGAGCGGGAUGGAGUCCAGCUUGAGGACCCUGCGGAUCUCUUUCCGGAUAGCUGUCACUUUGGAGGACAGGAGGUGGAGCAUGCAUGGAGUCUAUCUCGAAGCCCUGUUUACAAUGAAUCCCAGAGAUUUCAACAAGCAUACCGAAUAGUCGGUAUGUUGUGAUGCUAGGUUGCUCGUCCUGCAGUACCGGAGUAUGUCAUCCAAGUAGAUAAUGCAUCGGAUCUUUUGUGUUCUGAGUUGGGUUACCACCGGCUUCAGCAUCUUUGUGAAACACCAUGGUGCAGAACUGAACCUGAAAGGGAGGCAAGUGAACUGCCACGUGAAUCCGUGCCAUAGGAACCGGAGGAAAGGGUGACUGUCUUUGUGAAUUGGGAUGGACGGGUAUGCGUGUUAGAGGUUUAAACGCGUAAAACCAGUCACCUUUUUGCAGGAGGUCUCGGAGGAGGUGGAUUCUCUCCAUCUUGAAAUGACGUUAUGUAACGUGUACGUUUUAGGUCCCUUAAAUUGAUCACUGGUCUGAAGUCACUGGUUUUCUUGUGAACUGGAAACAUGUUGCUGAAGAAGCCCCUUCGUCCAAGCUCGCGUUGGAUUGUGCCCUUCGUGCGCAAGUCGCGGAGCUCCAAUUCCAUGAGAUCAGCGUCCGUGGCGGAGAAGGGUAUUGUCUCAUGCCAGUUUCCGGGUAGAACUGUUGUGGGUGUCCCAUAUGGGGUCCUGACGGCCCAAAACGGUGGCACGGCCCCGCUGCUGACCAGCCCUGGAAAAAACACCCCUUGUGGGGUUGCCUCUAAAGACCUUGCGCAUGGAGAUACGGGCCCUGUUUUACUUGCUUGUUUAAUUCCUUCAUGAAGGCCUCUCCAAAUAGUUUUCCCUGUGCCCGUGGGCCUAAUUCUUUCGCUCAAGAUCCGCCAGUUUGGGGUUGAUGUGGAAGAGUGCUGCACGGCUCCGCUCAGUUGAGAGGGCCGCAUUAGUAUUGCUAAUAAAUUUAAAUCCCCUUUGGGUCCACACUCUGUCAUGUGCCCAUUCACAUACCAUAUCCAUUGUGAAAGAGUCUGCCCGGGCUUAUGCGUCAUCCGCCAAGCACAUUACACGGGCUAGUGGCCCCAUCGCCUCCAGGAGCUUGUCUUGUGCUCCCCAGAAGCUCCUUUCAACCCCUCUGCGAAGGUCGUGACCUCCCUGUUCCAUAAAAGCCAGCAUGAGCUGGUCAAACUCCGCCGUAAAUGUCACCUUAUCCGGCAGGGAUGGCCUGGAAAAAUAAUUGCAUAAACUAAUUCCGUUCAGCAGCAAUCUGGGUAUUACCCAAAUGGGGACUCACCCCUUGCCAGACUACUAGGGUAUACCUGACUGGCAGUCCCACUCCACAGGAGUAUUACACCAGCCUGACCAGGUCCCUUUGACAGUAUGCACAGUUUCACAGCUGGAAUCCAAUAACUUAAGUUUUGUCCCACUUUUUCUAUUUUUUUUUCUUAAUAUUUUAAUUGUUUUCUGUUAUUUUGUUCAUUCAAUGUGAGUUUAUUCAAUGAACACUGGAUUCUAGCGAAUUGAAGAUUAAAUUUUUAGGGUAAAAUCGCUAAGCUGUAUCUCUAGAUGAGGUGAAGAAUAUUCAGAAAUCAGUCAUUUUUUUCCCCCCAAUUUUGCAAUGUGCAUUUUCAGUUUACUCCAAUUGUUUUUGGUGAAUUCAUUCCUUGUGUUUUGAAUAUCAAAAAUAGCACUGGGAACCUCAUAGAACCUUGAAAUGCCCUGUCUAUUAAUGUGAUAGUGGCGCCCCUUUCAUAUAAAGAUUUAUUGCUGGAUAAUUUGCCCUAGAGCGCAGGAGGAUUCUGUAAAGCUUGCUCUGGAGUUGUAUUGGAGCAGUAGAUAUACUUAGUGCAAUUUAUUUUAUUGACAUUUCAAUGCUACAGAACACACACAAAAGUAAAUGAUCUUAAACCAAAAUUUACUUUCAUCCUAGAGUUGGAUAAGCGAACAGAUAAUGAAUUUUAAAAAAUGAAAAUAGAAAAAUAAAAAUAUAUUCAACUGUGAAGUGUCACAUGGUGCACUGUUUUGGGAAGAGACAAUUUAAUUAGGAGCAUCUCAUGCAGGUCUGUGAGAACUGAUCUUAUGCCAUAAACCUUUUUCCAGGAGGUUUAUUGGAUAAGUACAGUAUGAACAAAAUAGAACUAAACUAAAUAUUUUGGGCUGUCAGAUUGACAGCCCUGGUGGACAGUCUUUUUUAAGCAGUUUCAAUGUAAGGUAGGUAAUUAAACAGAGCUUAAAGGGACACUGUAAUCACCAGAACAACUACAGCUUAUUGUAGUUGUUCUGGUAAAUAUAGCCAGUCCUUGCAGGCAUUUUGCAGUAAACACUGCCUUUUUUAGGGAAAAGGCAGUGUUUACAUUACAGCCUAAGGACACUGGCCAUUCCUCAGACUGCCACUAGAAGUGCUUCCAAGGGCAGUGCCACACAGUAUGCCACACUGACAUUCAUUGUCUCCACCCUCUGCAUGGAGACGAUAAACUUUCCCCUUAGAUGAAGCAUUGAUUUAAUGCAUCUCUAGGAGGAGAUGCUGAUUGGCCAGGGUGGUGUGUGGCUCCGCUCCUGAUCCGCCUCCUUUGCUACAUCAUUAGAAUUACCCAUCUUAGUCAAUCCAAUGCUUUUCUAUGGAAAAGCAUUUUGAUUGGCUGAGAUCAUCAAUUCAGAUUAUCUCAGCCAGGAGGUGGAUCGGGGGUCGAACCAGUGGCGCUGGAAAUAAGGUAAGUUUUACUAGCUUUAACGUGGGCAAGGGGGUCAAGCCACCUAAAUGGUGGUAUUAACACUAUAGGAUCAGGAAUAUACAUUUAUGUUCCUUUAAACCUAUACUACUUUAUUAGUACAGAAAGAGAGAGCAACAUAUUACUGAUCCUUAGGAUGGUUAGACUUAAAAUGUCAGUCCAGGAACCAAAACAACUUCAUCUAAAUUAAAUUGUUAGGCUGCCAGGAGGCCCCCAGAAGGCAAUCUUACCUCAAGGGGUCAAACAAUUCACAAACUGUUUACCCCAAAGUUGCCUCUAGCGGUGAUGUCCACUCCCCCCAGGCAGCAUCCGAAUUCUGAAAUUUGACUAUUUGGAAGCCAGGAGUGCUACUGGACAGGGGAGCCGCUGAUUAGCUGAGAGUUGUCAGCUGACGCUCUCAGCCAAUCAGUAACUCCAAAUUCACUAAACUUGCUUGGAAAGAAAAGUGCCUUUUCCAAGCCAGUUUUAUGAAUUGGGAGUCACUGGUUGACUUUUCCUGUCCAACUCUGCUGAUCCUGUUGCUCGUUCAUUGGUUGAUAGCAUCAACUUAGCACUCUCAGUCAAUGAAUGCACUUCUGUGCAUAGAAUAUGGACAGAAUUGAAAUUAGCCAUCCCAGAACUCUUGCUCCAGACUGGCUAAUGACAUACUAAUGAUUCUGCCAAAGGUGGAAGUACACCUCUAGCAACAUCAUUAUCACUGUAUGUGCAGCAUUUCAUACUGAAAUGCUCCUUGUUCAUACACCAUGACCAUGUCAGAUCACUAAUGUGGUCAUGGUGCUUGGAGUAACACUUUAAAUUUUGAUCUUCAACAAGUGUGAAUUACUGAAAAUUGAAAGUGAAUGCAUUAAUUUUGGUGGUAGUGUGAUUUUAUUUGUUUGUUGAUUUAUUAAAUUUUUUAAACUUCAAGAAUGACUUUUUUUUGGUUCUUUGUGACUGCCCAAUCAUUAGUUUAUAGUUACAGUGAGCAGCCACUGUUUAGUAGAUAUGCCUGUCAGUGGCAUGGAAGGUGAUGGCAUAAGGUACGUAAAAACCUUCCUUAUAGCAGUAUUUUGGGGGGGGGGGAAGAGGAUUAUAUUUCACUAGCAAACACUGGCCAAAGGUUUUGUAACCAUUUGUUUAUGCCCAGUGGGGGAAUAAUUUGGAUAUUUUAAAUUACAAGUCUUGAUUUUAAACAUUCCUGCCAUGAUUUCAACUGUUGGCAGCUUUUGGUCCAGCUGAAUUUUGGAUGAAAUCCAGGAUCGUUCGCAGGCUACUUGACACAAUCUGGACAUUGAGUAAUAGUGUAAAUAGUGUCUGUCAUUCGGAAAGGGGCCAUCGGAAUUUAGUGAAUAACCUUGUUAAAUAAUACCGUUGCCUGAAUAACUCAAAAUUCCAACGUUAAAACCCCUUGAGCCACUUACCUUUAUCCAGCGCUGGGCUCCCUCGGCGCUGGUGACCUCUCCGACGUCCGCUCCCAAGUGGAGCCGAAAGCACAUGCACGGCCAGAGCCGUGCACGCACUCAAAACGCUCAUAGGAAUGCUUUCCUAUGGAUGUUCUGCGUGCUCAAUGCGAUUUUCGCAUUGAGCGUCGGGGAAGCGCCUCUAGCGGCUGUCAGGAAGACAGCCACUAGAGGCUGGAUUAAUCCUGAAAUGUAAACAUAGCAGAGCCUCUAAAAAGUGAAUCAAAGAAAGCUAGGAUGGAGAAGCCCAGUUGCAGAAUAAAGAGGUUUAGAUUGCUACAUUUAAUUUUAUUGUACACAGCUCACCAAUAUAUAUUUGUUCAAUAUAGUAGCAAGGGACAGUUUUCUGAUGCAGGCAGGAAGUUGAGAGGUGACCCUCAGGAAUCUUACAGCAUAUAAAUUCAGCAUACUUUAGGCAUUCUAUUUUUUAAUUUGCUUCCAUCAAUCUGAAGAAAUUGUGUUGUCAAUAAAGGCGUUUCAAGGUCAUGAGGCGCCUGGGGAUCAAUUCUUUUAUUUGUGCCCACAUCCCCUCCAUCACAAAAUAUUUUAGAUUUCCAAUGGCACAAAAAGCCCACCACCUGUAUCUGACCAACACCCACACUGACACAAACACUUCCCUCCCUCCCCCCCAUCUCCACUCACACAUUCACUCACUGGCACCCAAACACCUGCCCUUACACACAGUCAUUAACCCAUGCGCACACAUCACACACUGUCAUUAGCCCCUAUACACACAUUGACCCAUGCACACACACUGAUACAGACACUGACCCCCAUGCAAACACACAGAUACAUAGACCAUGACACACACAUUGACACUCAUGUACUGACACACACAAACUGCACAACAGAGUCAAGUAUUGGACAUCUUAAUUACAUCUAGAAUUCU